AACAGAUCAAGCCUAGCAGGAAAUAAAAAUCUGUAAGAGAGAACAAAAAAAAAGGAGUCAAUCGCCGGCGACGGGUACGGGUGUGUACGCCUGAGGCGAUCGGCAGAGAAGACCGAGACCGACGGCUCCAGUGCCGCUGUGCCACUGCCAGUCUGCCACAGCCAGCCGCCUAGCUUGAUCCGCCUUUUGUGCUGUGCGGAUAUGAGGGCCGCGCAGAUCGAUCCGUCCCCCGCGGCGCCGCCCAAGUCGCGGCUGAAGCGCCUCUUCGAGCGCCAGCUGCUGCGGGUCUCGCCGGCCGAGCGCCUCCCGUCGGCGCCUCCCGGUGGCGGGGACAAGGAUGAGCUGCCGGAGCCUAGCUCGCUGUGCCUGGACGGCAUGGUGCGGAGCUUCCUGGAGGACGGCGGCGGCGGCGGCGGAGCCGAGCGGGCGGCAGCGGCCGCGCGGUGCUGCAACUGCUUCCACGCCGGCGACACCUCCGACGACGAGGACGGCCCGGCUGCCGCCGACGCCGCGGCCGCUGACAUCGCGGAGACAAUCAAGGGGCUCGUCCACUGCGCCAGCCUCCGGGAGCGCAACCUGCUGGCCGACGUGUCGACGCUGGUGGAGCGCCACCGCGCGUCGGGGGCGCGCAAGCGCGACCUGCUCCGCCUGCUGGCGGGGUCCCUCCGCGCGGCGGGCCACGACGCCGCGGUCUGCCUCUCCCGCUGGGACAGGUCGCCGUCCCACCCCGCCGGGGACCACGCGUACCUGGACGUGCUCCUCCCGGCCGCGUCGGAGCGCGCCGGGCGCGAGCGCGUGCUGGUGGACGUCGACUUCCGGUCCGCCUUCGAGGUGGCGCGGCCCACCAAGGCGUACCGCGCCGUGCUGCAGCGUCUGCCGCCGGUCUUCGUCGGGCGGGACGACCGCCUGCGCCUCCUCGUGGCGGCCGCCGCCGACGCGGCCCGCGCCAGCCUCAAGAAGCGCGGCCUCCACCUGCCGCCGUGGCGCAAGCCCGAGUACAUGCGCGCCAGGUGGCUUUCCCCCUACGACCGCGAGGCUCCGCAGCCCGAGGCCAGCACCGGUGAGCUCGCCGGCGACGGCGAGGGAGGUGGGCCCACUGCUUAAUCACCGAGGUCGUUUUUGGAAUUUCCUUUUUGCUCUUGCCCUUGGGGAAUUUGCCGUGUGGUCCUUGUGUGCGUACAGGGACUAGACGCGAAUGUCCUGCUCUGUUUGUUUUUUUCCCUUUUCACCCUUUUGAUGGGGGUGUCUGUUUCGCCGCGCCGGAAGUCGUAGUACUGUAGUAGUAGUAGCUAGUGCUGGUAAUGAUGGAGAAGAGAAAGGACACACCAAAAAAAAUUGCAGCUUUAUUAGAUUGAUGAUGAGGUAAAAGAAAAAGGAGAUUCCGGACAGAGACCCGUCGUUGUUCCAGGCAGCGGAACCUGACAGCGAAGAAAGAACCACGGAGAUGCAUGAUUUGUUGCUCGCGAUCCUGUAUGAUCUGUCUUCGUUCUGGAGAAGCCGCUCCCACCCUCGAUUUGGAUUUGGGAUGGUGUGUCGGGGAAAGAGGUCGACGCAUCGGAAUCGCAGUAGCUCGCUUGCGGGAUGGAAACGCCAUUACGAAGUUGUUUAUGCUGAGUUUGUUGUGCUGCGGGUUAAUCUCAGGUGGGAUAAAGUGGGGAUCUGGUCAGC